CCAUACACCUAUUUAUCGUACAGUAGGUUUUCGCGCGAUUACGACGAUGGGCAAAAUCAAACUCUACAGCAACCAGCUCAGCCCGCCCGGUCGAACGGUUCAGCUAACCGCAAAAGCACUCGGCCUUGAGAUCGAAUUUCAUUCCGUCAAUGUUAUGGGAAAUGAACACCUAACCGAGGAGUUCGUCAAGAUGAACCCGCAGCACACCAUCCCGGUGAUCGACGACGACGGAUUCGUUCUGUACGACAGCCACGCCAUUGCCAUCUACUUGGUUUCGAAAUAUGCCCCCAACAGCGCUCUCUAUCCUACCGGUGACAUCAAGCAGCAAGCCCGAAUUAAUGCCAUCUUGCACUUUGAAUCGGGAGUGAUGUUCGCUAGACUGCGUCUCGUCGGGGACGCCAUUCGGAAGGCUAGUCAACAGUCGGAAGUUCCCCAGGAUAGCAUCGAUGGUGUGCUAGAAGCUCUGGGACUGUUGGAAGCUCUGCUCGUCGAUCGGUAUCUGGUGGGAGACCACGUGACGCUGGCCGAUAUCAGUUGUGUGACUUCGUUCUCGUUCUUGGAUGUGAUGCUUGAGUCUCAUAUACAGGCAGAUCGUAGCAAGUAUCCCAAGGUGUACGCUUGGUACGAAAGGAUGAAGCAGAUCGAUGGGUACGAGGAGAUCAAUCAGAAGGCCCUUGAUCAGUUGGGCGAUGUGAUCAAGACGAUUUACGAUGGUAACAAAGCGAAGUGAUUUUGUGUAUGAUUGGAAGC